UUGUUACGUGAGUUGAAAACAUGGCAUCAUUGCAACAGUAGGUCAGAAGACGGGACCGGUUGACAGAAAGUUUGCUAUUCUACUACGAUUAUGUGUCGUUCGUUGAGUAGUGUCAUCGUGCGUUAUAUCGACUUGACGAAAAAAUUACUGAAAAGUCGCGUGUCAGCGACAGUUAUAACCAUUUACGGCAAGAAUAACGUGAAUCGAAAGUAAUUAGCUGGCAGUGUGUGGUGCUGUGGGGCAGGAGACGAUGAGGGUCGGGGGGAUAAUUCGGGUGGCGACUUGAGGGCAGAAAUGUUGAAAUUUGGUAGUAAAAGUGACGUUACGGUGGUGCAUCGCGCCACUAUUCGACUUCUAGACGACGCCGAAAUUAUCCACUGCGACUUUCAGCCUCAGGACAAAGGAAGGUAUAUUCUCGAAUAUGUAUGCAAGCAACUCAAUAUCCUGGAAACGGAUUAUUUUGGGCUUCGUUACAUGGAUCAUUGUAGGCAAAGGCAUUGGUUAGAUCUGGCAAAAACAGCGAUUAAGCAAGUAAAAGACAUGGAUCCGAUUCUGUUCAGUUUUCGUGUGAAAUUUUAUCCACCGGAUCCUCUGAGGUUGAAAGAAGAAAUAACUAGGUAUCAGGUUUACCAACAGCUUAAGAGAGACCUUCUUCAUGGCCGACUAUAUUGCAGUCCGGGUGAAGCAGCGCUGCUCGCCGCAUGCAUCGUGCAAAGUGAAAUAGGAGAUUAUGAUCCUAAACUCCACGAAGGGAAUUACAUUUCCGAGCACAAAUUACUGCUUAAACAAACGGAAGCUAUCGAGGAGAAAGCUAUGAAACUGCAUCAAACAGAAUUGAAGGGAUUCACACCGGAGCAAGCGGAAACUCAUUUUCUUAGAUUAGCGUCGCAGUUGGACACGUACGCCGUUGACCCACACCCUGUCAAGGACCAAAAAGGUGCGCAGUUAUAUCUCGGCAUUAAUCAUUGCGGAAUCCUAACGUUUCAAGGAUCCCGUAAAACACACCAUUUCCGCUGGCCGGAGGUUCAAAAAAUCAACUUCGAAGGGAAAAUGUUUAUUGUACAUUUAACGAUAAGCGAGGACGUGAGAACAAAGAAAAAGCACACAGUUGGGUUUAAGUGUCCCACGGGAUCGAACUGCCGCCACGUAUGGAGAUGCGCCAUCGAGCAAAUGUUAUUUUUCACAUUACCUAGGGCAUCGGAUGCACCGGUUGUAAGCGGUGGAUCUAUCUUCUCCUGGGGUACGAAAUUCAAAUAUACUGGCAGGACAGAAAAGGAAGUUUUAGAGGAAACGGGUCCACUUCGGAAGGAAGAACCACCCAUACAGCGAUGUCAAACGACGUGUCUUAGAAGAAAAGCUAGUAGUGUGCCAGCUACCCCCAGUACCCCUAGUCAGGAUCUCGUCGAAAUAAGAUAUUCCAGUUUGCCACGUAGCUGUCACAGUGCAGGUUUGGACGGUGCUGGAAUGUCAGAAGGUAGUACCGGCGUUCCAUUCAGUUCACCUUAUUGUCCAGAUAACACUUUACCACUUCUAGAACCUGUCUCGGAGGACCAAGAAAUUCAUGGCAGAAGAAAUAACGCAGUAGACGAAAAUGAUACGCAUGUGAGAGCCACCCACAACACCACCACCACUACCACCACCACCACUACCACCACCAUCACUUUCAACACCACCACAAAUCGUGCGAAAGUUAGAAUGAAAUAUCCCAAGAGCACGGCGAACCGACCUCAGCCAUUGUACAGUCAAAAGAUAGUGAUAGGUUCGGAGGAGUUAGUCGGCCGUAACAUCGAUAACGUCGUCAGGCAACGUAUAAACGCCCUCGAAAAGAGUCCGAAGGUGGUCAGGUCGACCGCUUUGAUCAUAAAGAGUUCGAAAGUGGCGGCAGAAUCGCUGAAAGCUGGUAAAGAAAUCGCGAACGAGACGUACGUGUUCCCGGCAGCCGAUUCGGGAACGAUCAUCACGACGGUGAUAGACGGUCCAUUCGAUUCUAACAGCGGUAAGACGAUCUUGCGCAGGUCUAACGAGCAGGUAAGCAUGCUCGUUCGUCAGGAGAAUGAGGUUGAAUGUCGCGGCAUCGCUUCCACCACGAAAACGGCAAACGGUUACAUUGCAUCGGCGACAAGUGACGUCGAAGACGUUAGAAACGGAGUCGAAGCCACGAAACGACGGCAAAGGACAGCCGGUCAGCACGAAGGUGUAAUUAACGACUAUUACUUUAGAGAUUCUUUCGAUCAUUCGUCGUCGGAAAGCCAACUAUUGGAUGCAUCGGGCAAACCGCACAGUCGCUCGGUGACCCCGGUGCCACAAAUGCAGAAACUUCAAAACUCGAAAGUUUGUCUCCAGCAGCAGCAGCAACAACAACAGCAGCACCAACAACAGUUGCAGCAUCAGCGGCAAUCCGGUCGACGUUCAAACGCUGCGAAACUGAGGCACAAGAGUGUUCGAGUCACGAGGCUUUUCAUUCCAGCUUUUAUGCUGACGAUCAUCAUCUUGUUUAUCGUGAUCGUCAUGGUAUUCGAGACGGAUACGACGCUUUUCAAUAACUUGCGCAAGACACCAGAAAUGGUGGCCUUAAAGAACCAAUACUAUGUCCCUAUUAAGGAGUUCUUGAGGACAAAGCUCGGCCUAUUUUGAUGCGACCCGACGAUGACCAGGCUGAGGUCGCCCUUUGUCGCUAAGUAACUUCCUUCAGUGCCAAGUCGAGAAGACGUUGCCGAGACCGAGGAGCAAGGGUAUCGUUUCUUCUUCAUCCGUCGUUUCCUCUUUCGUGAUUCACACACGGCGGAACCACUCGUACUUUUCUUUUUAUAUCCCCUUGAUUUUCCUAUUUCCGAAUCGACGCAGAUACGAGCCAUUUAUUCGCCAAAUCGAUUAACUCCGCGAAACAGAAAGUAGAGAAGAUCGAAUGAAAUUGUACGAGUACGAGACACGAGCUCUGUAACGUUAAAAUUUCACAAAUUUCGCGCCUCCAGUUAAUCGAUUUGGCCUGUGAAGGUGAAGGUUCGGUUAGCAUUGGCCGGUAUUCGAAGCUUUUAAACGAAUGCCGUUGUUUUAAUUCUGCUGCGUUCCUUCGAUCGAUGGGCCAAUUUCGACCUAGUGUAUUUUUUUAACGUACGUACGGAAGAUUUGCUAUCGGUAUGUGUGAGCUUUCGUUUCAAUUUUAUAUCGAGCAUUUUCUUAGCACAUUAACGGUCUUCUUAUUUCUCUAGAGAUAAGAGCAAGAUCGCGAUAGAAAAAUUCGAGGCUCGCAGCAGGAUUAACGCAGCAACAACGUACCACUGUGUUUGAAUUGGCAAGAAAGGAUCGGAAGAUAUACAGUGACUCGCAAGAGCGUUCCUACAUCUGGCAUAGACGAAUUCUAUGCGUGUUAUAUAAAACAUUUGGAAAUUUCGUUAGCAUCGUAUCGAGGCGCAACUCGAAAGUAUACAAUGUGGUUGGUAACUGGUGGUACAAGCGGAAAGGGGGUGAUUCCACGCGAAAAAAGAAGUCGAAAAUAUAGAAUAAACAUUUUUCGUUCGAGGCUUUGUUUUCGAGAAAAUCGACUUUGAAUUUUCGGUCGGUACGCGUGCACUUUAUCGCGUCUCGUUACAACUGAUCUCACUGUAGAUCGUUGUCUCGAUGGAAAAAUUAAAAAAAAAAUUUUUAUUCUACAUUUUCGCCCUGCCAACCACCCUGUAUAUAGAUUUGCUGCAAAUUUGUGUUUAUUAAAAAGUCAGCGUAUCGUACGAAUAAUUGGCGAGAUGUUUAUCAUUUGUUAACGGUUUAUCAGAUUUACCUGAUUUUUCCAUGGGUAUACACCUAUAUUACGUAUGUUGUAACUUUUGUAUACGUGUUUAGAGUGGUUUAAAGCUUUAAUACAGCGACGAUAGUUGUUUCGCGUUUACAGCGUCGAUGAAACACGUCCAAUACGUUGAAGAAAAGCACCGACAAGCGCGAGUACGAAUACUCUGGCGAGCCACUGUACCGAUACGAUAAUACGAUAAAAGAUUUGGAAUCACGAGAGCGCGAAAUAUCGAUACGAAUCCACACUUUUAUUAAACACCAUCGUCCGCGAUGAAAAUACCUUCGUUUUACUAUUUGUUUACUUUUUGCACUACUACGUACGUAUAUUUAAAUCUUAGUAACUUAACAUACAUAUAUAUAUAUAUUUACUCUGACAAAGACAAAGUGUUUUGUACAAAAUAUUUACAUCGCGAGUACUCGUGUUUGCUAAGUUACGCGUAAAUUUGACAAGUUGUUAGAGAACUUUGUUACAGUACGUUUAUCAAAUUUAUUUAAUAACUUUAGAUGAAAGUCAGUUUUUACGUAUUACUAUUAUACAUGUAUAUGUAAUGUAUAGAAUGUGUGGCAAAUCGAGAAAGUCAUAUUUAUAUUUAAAUACAAAAGUAGAUAAUACACACGGGUGUACGUUCUCAAAUUACGAUUAGCGAUAGUAAUAGAGAUCAUGAGCAGAAACAUCAACUAGUACGCUGCACAACAUACUUUUUACUCUUUUUCCGUAUAGUGAAAUCACAUUAUGUACGUUUUGAUUUGCUAGUGGAAACAUACCAUGUAUCAAGAUUAUUGCAUUUUCUAACCUAUAAUAUUCGAUCGCUCUAUUCUUUAUUUUUCUAAAUGGCGCCAUACCUUAACCUUAACCUUGUGAAAAUCUUAAUUGUAAUCUUAAUGUGUUAAUUGUAAUCUUCGUUGACGGAUAUGAAAUUUCGUUAACGAUCUUUCGUUGAAAGAAAUACUAAAUUAAAUUUCUAUUGUAUUUGUAUCCGCUAAAUUAAAAAUUCUGUAACUCGUUUGAUUUUAUUACUAUUAGGAAAUGCAAUGACCGAACGUGACAUGCAAAUAUACGUUUAAACGAGUACUUAAUUUUGAAUUACAGCAACAGUACAGUAUACAUAGGAUAUUCAGCAUGCGCAAUCAUAAAAAUUAUCCGUUGAUAAACGAAUAAGCAAGGCUAAAUACCGUAAACGUAAGAUCUGCUUUUGUCGUAAACUUUUAGUUGUCAUAGUAUAUUUAACAAACUUUUAUAAGGUAAUUUAAUAGAUCUUGUAAGAUAGAAUGGGGCAAUACGAGGUGCAAUCAGGUAGUAUAGCAUAUAAAGGAAAAGGUGUUUCUUGUACUUUUAUUCCAAUUAGUUAUCGAUGUUUUCCUGCAAGUACGUAUAAGGGAAACGAGUAUGCUUCCUGAACUUUGUAUCAGCAUGCAACAAACAAGCAUCGACCAAUCGAUAUUUAAUUUUGAUUUAUUCGUUGAGACUCUGUGAACAUGUACGAAGAAAACUAAAAGCGUGUGUGUAAAAUAGGAUGAAUCGUCAAACACGAGCAGACACGUUUCUUGCGUUUUCGACGAUAUCGUCGAAACGUGUUUAACCAACGAUUAUUUAUCGAGAAGAACAAGUACCUGUUUAUGUAUUUUACUAUGCAAAAGUAUUCAAUCGAUUUCCAGCUGAAUAGCGUAAUAACGUGUAAUUAUGCAACAACAUCGAUAAGACGGCGAACGUUAUACAGCAUAAUACAAGAGAUACGAUCGUUUUUAUUUUUAGCGACUUUUUAAUAAAUUGAAUAUGUAACAAGAAUUAGCAUUACGAAUCGUACUUGUCUAGAACGAUUAUGCAACAAAUUAAUCGAUGAAAUGAAACCCGAUAUAAACUAAUUUGCAAAGCUCGAUACGCAGCUAUUACGCAAUUAUUGGAUUUGUAUAUAAAACGUCUAGUUGCAUAAAGCUAUUCAUUUUUAUAGGAAACUAUGAAAACGUUCAUACUAUUACAGAAUAGUUUCUGUUCGUUAUGUAACUCGCGUGGUAUUUUAAAUUUUAUAUAAAAUAUUUUCAUGCCGAUUUUCGUGUCGUCAGACAUGAUAAAACUAGUUUUAAUCUUAAUGUCUCACGAUUCAUCCUAUUGUAACGAGAAAAACUUUGUUCUAUUAUAAGUUCCAUAUGGCGUAUUGGAUCGCUCGCAGAAAUUACACGACGAAUCGUUGAAGAAAGCAUACAGAGUAAUCUAUCUGAACGUAAAAAAUUUGCUUUUACGAGGAAUAUCUUCGAACGAAAUAUCGACGAACGUAGCGAAGCGAAAUGAAAAUUGAAACUCGCGUUUUUCUACCUUAAAACACGAUAUUUUUUAAUCGGUAUCAUUAGCUGACUUUCCAUUUGGCAUUCGUAGUAGCUUUGCCAGCCGAUCACCUUGUAACCGUAUGUUUUAUUAGCUAGUACGUAUGAUUAGUCGAUGAUCUUGUUUCAGAAUCUUUAUCGCUGAAUUACUUCUGAUCUAGUCGUAUUACUUUUCUGCAAGGACGAUUUAAGAAAUAUGUGAAACACGAAGAGCUAAAGCUAACAAAGAGGCUCGGUUACCGUGCAAAGCGAAACACGCGAUAGAAACAAAGAAUCACGUUUGUUCUCAUGUGUUUGUUCUUAUCGAUCAUUUGAAUUAAGGGGUCUUCUGUGGUUGUGAGAGCAAGAGAGCGAUUUGUUGGCCACUGUUCCGGGAAAAGCGUGUAGUACGUUUAUUCUUACGACAGUUUUUGUAUUUAAUAAAGAUACAUUUGAAGAAUA